AUGGCAAACCCCCCAAAGUCAAGAGUACCGGUGAAAAAAUAUGGUUCGAAGAAGAAAAAGAAGGGUCUGAAGGUGGGGAGGGUAGAGAAGAAGGGGGAGGAGGAGGGGAAGAAGUUGAGUCAGAAAGCUGUCGACAGGCUUCUUCACCAAAUCUACUACGAUCCGAGGCACCCUGCGGCGCUGGGGGGAGUGGACAAACUACUCCGAGUGGUACGUUCCAAAGGGGUGAGCAGGGACCGCGUCGCUUCGUGGUUACGAAGUCAAUCCAGUUACACGCUCCAUAAGCCCUACAAGCGCCGCUACUCACGUCAACGGGUGAUCGUGAAUGGGAAAGACGAACAAUGGCAAGCCGAUUUGGUGGACAUGCAGAAACUGAAAUCCCACAACGAUGGCCACAAAUACAGCCUCACCGUCAUCGACGUGUUGAGCAAGUACGGCUGGGCCAUCCCCCUAAAAGACAAAACAGGCCCCCAGAUUGUUCAGGCGUUGACCAUCAUUUUCAAGGGGGGCCGGUUGCCCGAAAAGCUUCAAACGGACGAUGGGACUGAGUUCAAAAACCGGACUUUCCAAACGUUUCUCUCCUCCCACGGGAUUAUCUUUUUCACCACACGUAGUGAGAUGAAGGCUUCGAUCGUGGAACGGUUCAAUCGUACUCUCAAAACUUGGAUGUGGCGUUGGUUCACCCACGGGGAGACGCGCCGGUAUGUGGACAUGUUACCUGGGUUGGUGGAUAACUACAACCAUUCCUACCACCGGAGCAUCCGUCGUGCCCCAGCGGACGUCGUGACGUACGAUGACGCCCAGGAGGUGUGGCGCAUUUUGUAUGGGGGUGGGGAGCAAGCGAAAUCCAAGAAAGGGGGCAAGAGAAAACCGGCGCCUAAAUUUUACGUGGGGGAUAAAGUGAGAGUGAGUAAAGCCAAGCAUGUGUUCGCCAAGGGGUACACCCCCAACUGGACGGAAGAAGUGUUCACGAUCGCCCAACGGUACAAUGACCCAAAACAAAACACCUACGCGUACCGGAUCCGCGAGUACGAUGGGACUUGGUUAGAAGGCCGUUUUUACGAACCCGAGUUACAAGCGGUGCGCUUUGACGAAGAGGAGAAGUUGUACCGUAUCGAGAAAGUGCUUAAGACACGCGGGAAGGGGGCGAAGAAGGAGCAUUUGGUGAAGUGGCGUGGGUGGCCUGCCAAGUACAACAGUUGGGUGCCUGCGCGGGAAGUGCAUAAAAUAGCGUGA